AUGUUUUCCCUUCUACAGUCGCUUCAACUUUUACCUCCAUUCUCAAUCCCAUCAUUAUACUCCUUUAUUCCAUUUACCGCAAAUUCUCUGAUACAACUACCACCCCUUCCCUCAAAAUUAUCAGCUCACACGAUUGGUCUCUAUUGUAUCUCUCUGGCUACUUCACCCUUCAUUCUAUUAAACUUAUAUAUCAACGUUCGCCCUGUGGUUGAGGCGAGAGUCUACAGGAUCCUUCGACGCCGCCUCCCCAAACCCGAUCGUCCUGAUAAGCUUUCUCUAAGAGUUGCCGUAGAGAACGAGCUUAUCGAAUGGACAGCUCCGUCACUUGGUAAGAGAUCUGAAGAAGAAAUUAAAAGAAGCCAUUUCACUUUAGCCCAGGAGAUAAAGUAUGAGCUUGUUACGUUUAAAAAUUGGUUACUACGCUCUGUGGGCUUUCAUCCAACUGCGAAACCAAAGCCAGCCCCCAGAGAAGCUGCUUGGCUACAGAGAUACGAAUCCGUUCAAAGACGAGUUGGGCAGUUGCAACAGGAUUUAAGGUCCGGAACACUAAACCCGGAAAAUAAUACCGAUUUGCCCACAGCUGGAGCGGGUCAAGAGUCUCAGGCUUCACACACAAAUAAUGUCAAUAUGAUUGGCCAAAUUCUAGAGAACGAUGAGAACCGAUUUGCUCAAUCACCAAUACAACUGCCAGAAGGAUAUUUUUCGGAUAUACGAACUUCCUUACCCUCCACUGACAACGUAACUGCCCUGUCAAUUCCUAGUCAGCAUGAUAUACCACUUCAUGCCGUGGAUUCUACAGCGGUUACCACUCAUGUUCCAGCUUCCCGGACGAAUACUCUGUUCUCUCCGUCUCCAUCUCCAGAAUCAUCUCCACCCUCGUCCCCCCGUGUUAGGGCUUCGCUUAUCCACCAGAAUUCUGAUGUGAUUACAAUGCAUCUAGAACUCCUGCAGAGUCAUACAGACACCGAAGUCGAAAGCCAAGGCCUUAAUGCAAGUGUUUCGCUUCCAAAUGGCGUUGUUCACAGAACUGAGUCACAAACAAGUGCCAUUGAUCGCGCGGCAUCUGAGUUAUUGGAUGCAUUGCUCUCUGACUCAAGUCAGCACCCCGGUAACGUCCCUGCCUCCACUCGAGAAAGAGGCCAUUCUAUUCCUAAUGAGCCAGUACAAAAUGGCAUAGAUCCUACAGCGCACACUCCCGAGGAUGAACUAGAUGCAUUGUGGCAAACUCCCGGGAUGAAUCACACUACACCGAAUCCCCCACAGGAUAAUAUAAGUAGCAGUUCCAGUGAGCAGAUGGCCAAUGGUACUGGUCCGCAAAGACAGCCUCUUCUCGAUCGCCCUGGACUACAUGCUGCUGAAGAAUGGGACCAUCAUGUUACCAUUCUCUCUUCGCACCCCGCGGAUGCGUUUUCCUCCCAUUUAUCUUCCAUCAUAACCUCAGUGUUAUUUUACCCCUUUGAAUCUCUUUAUCUUCGAAGCCUUGCUUUUACAUACUUUUCUACUCAGUCUUCGGCAAUAAUUCUCCCACUUGGUGCCACAGCAUCAUUGCUUGGGCUCCAGUCUAAUGUACGACCACUGGGUGCGUGGAUGGGGGGUGGGAAUGCGCUAGAUAUGCUAUCCUACGUUGGAAAGAUGGCAUUAAUAGUGGGGUUUGAGACGGUUAUUAGUGCAGGAAUCUGGGGAUUAGGGGCCAGUGCUGCUGUCACUCUUGGAAAAAUUAAGUUUCAAUGGGGCCAACUGUAG